AUGAGCGCUCCUCCAGCAAUACCUCCUCGCCCGGCACGAGCCCAGAAUAGCCCCGCGCCCGCGCCCUCUUCUCAACUAGACACUCCCAAAAUCCCUCCACGCCCGAAGCGCGGCAUCGAACGUUCAGUCUCUCCAAGCGGAGACAGAUACGCCCCUUCUCCGCUAAACGACCCAACCUACCUACACAGCCGCCCCGCAUCCAAGGAUGGCAGCCGUCUCACCGCCGAGGUGCCCUCCCGCCCCCCGAGCGUUUCAAUGCCUUCGCUCGGUGAGGAAGGCAAUGAAUACGCCAGCUUUGACGACCUUUCCAAGACACUCACAGAUGAGAGCAUCAACCGGGGCGGCUCCCCCCAACACAAAAAUAUAGCAGGAGACUUGCCCCUCCAUGCUCCAACAGCUUCGGUUCCAAGCUCCACCGCGAAAAGUAGAAUUCAGCUGGUGACACGCACCGAUUCGUCGCAGGCUGAGGCAGCUGGCUUUGGCAAGCAGCUUUCGGUCGAUGAAAAGAUUGCCCAGAGCACCAAGACUGGCCGCUCUGGAUCCUCGGUCAGCUCUCGUCCCAGCUCGCUAUACAAUGAUAAGGAGGAGCAGGGCAUUCCCGAAAUUGGCGUUCAGGUGCCCAUGUUCCGCAAUGCUGGUGACGUCCAGGCUCCCAGUCCAGCCCCCUCUGCGCAACAAAGCCAUUCUUCUAGAGCUGGAUUCCACCAGAAGUCUGGUGGUCGCCAUCACGGACGGACCAAGAGCGGCCGCGAGAUCUUCCAUGGUCCUCCCGGUAGCUACGGCAUGCACGGUCACGGCGUCAUCUCCAACCACGAAUUUGAGCAGAAGUGGUACGAGAGGCAUCCAGAGGACCUAAAGCGCGAAAAGGCCGGCGAAUAUGGGCCGCACAUUCAGGAGAAUAGGAAGGAUUACCACUGGCGUGCGGACAAUCUAGAGAAGCUGGUGCAUACUAGGGCUCAAGAUAUUGGAAUGGGUACUUCGCGCGAAGCCGCCAGUACUCCCGACGAGCAUAUCGGUUUUAUGGCUAGUGAUCAAUAUGCUUCGAGAAUGGCAUCGCCGAGACCAGCACCAUCAGGCCGCCCCGCCUCGAUCAAGGCCGGUUACACUGAUUCACCUCUGCGUAACGAAGCCGGCGAAGAGGUCAACGAGGCCGGUGAGGUUAUCCACAUUGAUCCCCCCGCUCACCGUAGCAACAAGAUCCAUGGCACAAAUUAUGACAACAAGCCGACCGAGGAUCUGGGCCCUGAGGGGGGUAACACGGCAAAAGAGGGUGGAUGGGUCACUGAGCAUGGCUACGGUACCCCCAUUUUGGCUUCUGAUGAGUUGGAGAAACAUCCCGAAGCCGAGUGGAGACAGCCCGCUGUGUCACCUGAGCUUGAGCGCCAUGGCGAUGAAUACCUGGUCAAUGAGGACGGUACUCCAGCGUAUACCACCAAGGGUCGCAGCCAUAGCAGGAACUCCAGCCUUCAGGCGCAACGCGCCAUUACCAGCCCUACGCACUUUGACAGGGGUAGUACUCCCCUCGAGUCACAUAAGGAGUACGAGCCGCUCUUCCCUGAAGAACACCAGGACACCAAGAGGCCCAAGUCGCAAGUCGACAAACUCAAGCGUCCUAGCGCCCGCCACCAGUUCCCGAGCCAGGACGUCUGGGAAGACACUCCUGGCAGUCUACAGCUCGAGACUACCGUCGAGACCCCUGAAGCUCCUGAAGAGCCAGAAACCCCAGUUGGUGACAAUGUCGAUGCUGCCAAGGUAUUUGAAAAGCCAGAGACGGAGGAGCAGCGCAAGACGGACAUCACGGACGAAGAUCAGCAGUCAUUUCUUCCUGAGCAUACGAGACGCUUUGCAGUUGAGAACAAGCACCUUGGAAAGGUGCGUGACGACACAGUGUUGCGGCCCGGCCUGCAACAACGCUUCCCGAGUCAAGAUAUCUGGGAAGAUGCCCCCUCACAUGGUCACCUCGAGACAACUGUUAGCACACCGCAGAUCGAAGAGACGAAUGAUUACGCCGACGACUCCCCAGUAUCUGAGAAACCUGGCGUACCAGCACGACCCAAUAUUCCCCUUCGACCUGCGAAGAAGGAAUUUUCGCCCAUAGACAAAAAAGGUCCCAUCAUUCCCGACCGCCCAAAACCUCAAAUUCCGGCGCGCCCUAGCAAGCCAUCAACCGGCUCAUCAGAUAAAGUGCCAACCGUAGAAUCACAGGCUAGCGAAAACGAAGCUCCGCUACCCAAAGCUAAGCCUCCAGUCCCCGCUCGCCCAGCAGGUUCGAAGAUCGCUGCCCUCCAAGCUGGUUUCCUGAAAGAUUUAAACAGCAAACUAGGACUCGGACCACAAGCUCCCAAGGUUCAAGAGCCUGAACCAGAGCAGCAAGAAGAAGCUGCCCCUCUGCAAGAUGCUCGCAAGGGACGGGCUAAGGGCCCGCAAAGGAGGAAACCGGCAGCUUCGCCUACUCCAGCUGCUACUAUUACUGCCGAGGUUGCGGUACCGAGAGUGAAGCUGGACUUGGCCCCGGUAACGGCAAUUUGGAGUUUCGGGGAGGAUGGAGCUUUGGAUGUGCCGGCUGCGAAGUUGGCUGCAAGCCUUUCUAAAGCAUUGAAACCAACGUCAUCUGCAAAGUCGGACGAGCCUGAGCCUGAGCCUGAACUUGCGAAGAUUACUACGAGGGAUAGUGAGCCCGCGUCUACCCUCGAAACAACGACUAGUGAGGCACUAUCUGCUCUUGCAAAGCCUGCUUCUCAGGUGUCGUCUACUUUUGAGACAUCAGCGUCCAAGGCAUCUUCGACAGUCGAGGAAUCAGUGGCCAAGGCUGCGUCUGCUGUCGAAUCAGAGGAGCCGGUAGUAAGCGAAACGGUCAGGGGUUCUGUCGACGCUCCUGGUGCGUUUCCUGGAUCCGGGCCUGAUUUAGAGGAUGAGGAUGGUGCGAAGGGUGGUAUCUCGUUGGAGAAGGAGCCCAGUACGGAGAAGCUGGAGAAGGAGGUCGAACUUCCUACUGCUGCUGCUCCUGUCGCUGCUUCAGCGGAACAUGAUGUUGUUGAAAAGGAAGGUGCGGGGCAUACGCAGUCUCUUGCGGGUUAA